UUAUUUUUAGAUAAGAUAAGCCCCAAUGGUUAUCAGAUUGAUCGACCAGGUGUCUCUGGAGUGCGACGUUUCAUAGCCAACGUACAACACUGUAUAGCACAGAGUCGGCACAGACAUUAAAAAUUUUUCAUCACGGGCAAUCGAAAAUGGAAGAUGGACUCCAUUCGAAUGGAAAUGUCAGUGAAAGUAGCGGCAAUGAUCAGAGUCAUCGUGUAAUAGACAUAUACCCUCUGAGUUGCUACUACUUCGGAUCCAAAGAAGCCGCUCCCUUCAAGGACGAGACCUUGGCGGAUCGUGUUCAGAGGAUGAAGUCCAACUACGCUGCUCAUGGGCUAAGGACUUCUGUGGAAGCUGUUAUCCUGGUUGAGUUGUUCAAACAUCCGCAUUUGUUGCUGUUGCAAGUAAGAAAUUCCAUCUUUAAGCUUCCUGGUGGCCGCUUAAGACCAGGUGAAUCAGAUAUUGAUGGAUUGAGGCGUAAGCUGUCAAAAAUGCUUUCUGCCAAUGGAAGUGGUGAUGAAACUGCAUGGCAGGUGGGAGAAUGCCUUGGGAUGUGGUGGAGGCCUGAUUUUGAAACAUUACUAUAUCCAUACUUACCACCUAAUGUAAAAAGGCCUAAGGAGUGCAUCAAACUCUUUCUUGUGAGGCUACCAGUUAGUCGAAGGUUCAUGGUACCAAAAACCCUAAAACUUCUUGCAGUUCCAUUGUGCCAGAUUCAUGAAAAUCACAAGGAAAAGGAUGAGGAGAACCGUUUCCUGAUGUUGAUAUGUCCAUCGCUACCAAACAUAAUGUGCAUAUUCGUUGUAGCCGUUUUGUUCUUUUCAACUUCUUUCCCCUCACUCUUUCCCAAGAGUAUGUGACUAUAGAAGUGUGCAUGAGUCAUUUUACUUGCAAGCCGGCAUGGAGGCCGCACCAUUCAUACCGCUAAUGUAGCAAGGUUUGAUUGCAAGAUUCAAAUUAUUAAAUUUUCUUGUAAAUCAAAUCAUGUCAUGAUGGUGUUGUGGAAGGUGUGUCAAAAUAGAAUUUUUCUGUUGGUGGAAGAAGCGUGCAGCAUAUUGCUACUAAUGAACAGUCAAUAUCGAAACACCAUGAAUCAUCUUGGUGGAUGGUUCUGAGGAGGUGCCAAUGGUGAUUAGAACUGUCAUUGAAGCAAGGGUUAGAUGUAAUGGUGGACUCAACGCUUCUGUUGUGACAAUAAUGGUGAUGGAUCUGUGGGGACUAAGGUAAAUGUGUAUAAUGUAUAUAGCACGGUGUUGGAAGUUGACUGAUGGUGUUAGUUGUGGAUGUUAUUAUCUUGAUAGCAUUGUCCAAGCACUCUUGAGAUCA